UGUCCCUUAAGUUUUCAUUUCUGAUCAAAACCUUUUGUCUUCUCUCCUCACAACGGCUCUUUCACCUUGAACCAGCGCCGAGAGCUAUCGCCGCCGAUCAUCAGCCAAAGACUAGAGUGAGGAAUCAGAACAAUGGCGGCGGACGACGCUGAAUUGAAAUCCACCACUCUCCUCCCCGAUGACCUGGAGCGGCCGCCGGAGGACUUGCAAGAAGUACUCGGAAAGAUGUUUACUGAGGAAGCUCUGACCAGCAAUACAAUCAAGAUGGUGGAGGGUUUGUUGAGGGAUGGCUUUAUGAACAUGGGAUUGGAGAUUGGGGCCAAGGUUCAGGAGACCAAUGAGGUGCCCAGGGUUGUCACCGACACUGCGGUCAUGGAGCACUACAUCAAUGCCACCGGAGACAGGACCAAGGAUGCUCUCAGAGUGUUCAAGCACAUGUUGGUUUCAGGGGUGGAACCGAAUGCCUACACAUAUGCCGUCAUCAUCAAGGCCCUUGCUGCUGCUGACCUAAAGAAGAACCCCAAUUUCAUUGUUUAUGCCAAGAAUUAUUUUGUGGAGAUGUUGGACAGGGGAAUGCAGCCGAAUGAGGAGACUUAUGAGGCAGUGUUGGAAGGCAUUGGCCACACUGAGAAUAAGGCCGAGGCUGAGGAGGUGCGCAGGGAGUUUGUGGAGAAUGUGAAAGCAAAGGGGUUUGUGCUGGUGCUCCAGAAGGAGGCCGAGGAGAGGGCUAAUCCUCCAUCAUUGAAGUCCGAGAUGGAUGUGCUUAAGGAACAUGUAAUGAAGGUGUUUGAGGAUGCCACCAGAGACUGUGAAGACGAGAAUGCACGAGCAAGAUUCAGAGAGAUUGGGGAGGACUAUGAAUCACUGAGCAAAUGUGCAUUCGACCUUUUUAAUGCUUUGGUACGUAAAGGGCUCAAUGAGGAAGCCAAAGAGCUCUUUAAGCCUCUGUUGGAUACAGCCAUACUGCCCGACGAGGCUGUCUUUAUCAUCGUCAUCCUUUUUAGCAGGACCAAGAGUGAUGCUCUGAAGGUGUAUGAGCAUAUGUUAGCUUAUGGGAUCACCCCCAGCUCCUGCACUUACAAUUUACUCAUCGCGACGCUUUCUCUUGAUCCCAAUUUCAUUGGGCAUGCCAAGAAGUAUUACCUGGAAAUGUUGGAUAAAGGUAUGAAGCCCUGUUUGAGGACCAGCUUGGCUUUGUUCAACGGCAUUGCUUGCCUGGAAUCAUUGGAGAAUGGCGAGGAGUUUCUUGAGCAGGUAAAGCCAAAGGGGGUCUUGCCUGAUGUCGGUGAAGGCCAUUUCACUGAGCUAAUGAAGGCAUUGAAGUUGUAUGAUGAUCUCCAAAAGAGAACCUCGGACAAAGAUAUUCAAGAAGUUAUCUGCAGGGUCACAUUAGAUGGUUUCAAGAACCAGUCAUCGAAAAUGUUCUAUGCUAUGGUAGAAGAUGGCAAUGUAGGCGAGGCAAUGGAUCUCUUUCAAUCAACAGUUGAGAGUCGCAUCAAUCCCAUGGUCAUAGUUCACACUGCUGUUAUUGAAGCCUACAUCAAAUGUAACAAUAACAAGGGUGCUCUCCAGACCUACCUGGACAUGUUAGCUGCUGGACUUGCACCUAACUCCUACAUGUACAGUGUUUUGAUCAAGGGACUCUCUGUUGAUGCCAACUACUUUAAAGAUGCUAAGAAAUAUUUGGUUGAGAUGCUGGACAAGGGCAUGCAUCCAAAUGUUGCUACCUACACUGCAGUGUUAGAGGGUUUUGCAAGGCAGGAGGACAAGAAAGCUGAGGAAGAGGGAAAAGAGUUUCUGGAGGUCAUGAUGGCUAAGGGGUUUGUCCCUGAUACCGAGGCUGUGAGGGAGGUGUUAAAGGGCAGACCAACACCUGUAAUUAGCAGGGUCAUGAGCAUUAUCCUUUCCAAGUUGGAGUAGUUAUGCUUUAUCAAUGUUAUUCUAGCAGCAUUAGGAUUAGGUUUUUGGCAGGAGCUAGAGAGUGAAAAAUUAUGUUGUACUAGGUUUGAAUAUGGGAUUUUGUGCUGUUCUCUGUGGUCGCUUCUGAAUGUUGACACCGAAGUAGUCUGGUGCUAAUUCCAUUUGUUUCUGUUUCUCUUAUUCUGAUGUUUUGCGUUCA